AUGGACACAGAACACUAUAAAAAACUAGUACUUUCCAUGUUAGAAAACGAGGCCUUCUACGAAAAAAUUAUGAACUAUAAACAACAAAAAACAAUGAAAAAUCUUGCAUCCUUAAUUCUUCUACAUGGAAAAGGCCUGACAGAAAAAGAAACAGACUACAUCACGAACUUCAAAUGUAAACCCAGUCUUUUUUAUAUCCUCCCUAAAAUACACAAGAGCAAGAUAAUCAAUGAAGCCUGCAAACAAUCACCAGGCAAAUAUAUAAAUAUCCAAACGCCAGAAGACUUGACUUUAAGACCCAUUGUAGCUGGACCAGCUUGUGAAACCCACCGACUGAGCAAUUUUCUAGACAUCCUACUGAAACCCUUGCUGAAAUACAUCAAAAGCUUCAUUAGGAAUGAUUUAGACAUGUUAGAACACCUACCAAAAACGAUUAUUGAAGAAGCAGUAUUGGUCACCCUCGAUGUAAUCAAUCUUUACACCAACAUCCCCCAUGACUAUGGAAUGAAAGCAAUUAAAUUCUGGUUGGAAAAGUACCCCGAAGUCCUCCUGGAACGCAUAAACCAGACCUUUAUUAUUGAAUCCUUAAAAUUUAUACUUCAGAACAAUUAUUUCCUGUUUGAUGACACAUACUAUCGUCAGAAAUGCGGAAUUGCGAUGGGGACGAAAGCAGCUCCUGUUCUUGCGAAUCUAAUAAUGGGCUAUUUUGAAUUCACCUUAUAUGAAGAUGGGCUGCGAUUUGUCGAGGAACGUCACACGGUGUCGUGGUUUGGUGUUGGUAUAUGGGUAACAGUUAGUCGGAAAAUACCGCAUGGUGAACAGGAAAUUGACCACGUGGAAAACAGGAAAUAUAUCGCUAGCGAUUAG